GACUCGCCAACACCAACAUGAAGACCUUCAUCAUCUCUGCCCUGGCCCUGAUGGCCGUCGCCGACCGGCCCCAACCGACCUACGCCCCGGCACCGACCUACAGGCCCCGGCCUGCCUACGCCCCGGCCCCGGCCUACAAGCCCCAGCCAAGCUACGCCCCGGCUCCCUCCUACGGACACAGCGGCUACAAGCCCAUCGCUAUCCUCGAGGAGGAGAACGUUCACCCCGGAGAUGGCACCUACAGCUUCCACUUCAACACCGAGAACGGCAUCUACAGGUCCGAGAGUGGCGUCCCUCUGCCCGGCUACGGCAAGAACCAGUACGGACAGGACGAUGGUAGCUACAAGCAGGAGGGCUCCUGGAGCUACACUGACGGCUACGGUAACCCCGUCAAGGUCACCUUUGUCGCCGACGAGAAUGGCUACCAGCCAUCCAGUGACAUCCUGCCGACCCCGGUGCCCACCGAGUACCCGACCCCCGAGGUCAGCUACGACAACAGCUACCAGCAGCCCCAGCCUGCCUACGGCAAAUACUAACUCAGCGACAAGUGCUUGUGAAACAUGAGUGUCAUGCAGUCGCGAGUAUGUCCGUGCCUGCUUGUAUGUCCACAUAUUUAUUUGUCACGUUUGUGUUAUUUGUACAUGAAGAAGUAGAGUAAACAUCUUCGUAUGAUACCAUCGUUUAACAUACCACAAACGCAAAUGCGUUUGAUGGGGAAUGCAGGA